AGCCUCCAGCCAGGCUCCACCAAGCUUCAAUUGGCACUGUGAGGGCAGGCACUUCUUGAGGCAGCUCUACGUUUAGGUAGCUAGCUAGCUAGCCAACCAGACAACUAGAGCUAGUACAUCAUCCAGUAUUUUGCUAGCUAGAUAUCAUCAGGGAGAUCAGUCUCCACGCUUACUUCAUACAUAACUCGUCGAUAUGUCGGCAUUUUCUGAAGCUGCUUUAGAGAAGAAACUAUCGGAACUUAGCAACUCUCAGCAAAGUGUUCAAACAUUAUCUUUGUGGCUUAUACAUCAUAGAAAACACUCGAAGACCAUCGUCAGCGUUUGGUUCAACGAGCUGAAAAAAGCCAAGUUGUCGCGGAAGCUGACUUUUAUUUACCUGGCCAAUGACGUCAUCCAGAACAGCAAGAGGAAAGGACCAGAAUUCACCCAUGACUUUGCCCCCGUCAUCGUUGACGCCUUCAAACAUGUGUCCAGGGAUGGGGAGGAGGGGUGUAAGAAGCAGCUGGGCCGGGUCCUGUCUAUCUGGCAGGAGAGGGCCGUGUAUGAGAACAACCUGCUGGACCAGCUCUCCAGUGUCCUGCAGGGAGAGAAGAAGGCUAAGAAGAGGCCGUACGAGGAGAUUAAACUGGACAGUGAGGACUUUGCCUCUCAGAGCUCCCCUGGCGAGCCCCCACAGACAGUAGAUUUAAUCCGGGCCCUGCAGGAGCUGGAGAACACAGCAUCUGGUGACUCAGCUCUGCGUCAACGCAUCUCUGCCCUACCUGCUGAGGUGCAGGACACGUCACUGUUACACAGGGUCACAGACAAGGAGUCAGGGGAGCGUCUGUCCAGGCUGGUGGAGGAGGCCUGUAUGCUGCUAGCUGAUUACAGCGGACGCCUGGCAGCUGAGAUUGAAGACAGGCGGCAGCUGACACGCACGCUGACGCUGUUCCUGCACAGCCAGAGGGACGGUCUGGCCCAGAACGAGCUGAAACUAGAAGAGUACAAGCGUAAACUGGCGCGGGUGACGCAGGUCCGUAAGGGUCUUCGUUCCCGUCUGAACAACCUCCCAGACCUCUCCCUGCUCCCCAACGUGACAGGUGGACAUUUGCACUUGCCCUCGUCAGGCGACCUCUACAACCCCUCAGACUGACUGCUUAUCUGCCCCCCUCACCCCUGAUCAACUGCCCCUGCCCAGUUACCUGAUUCGACUUACGUCUUGCCCUAUCUGGUCACGUGUGGAUUAUAUGUAGCCUUUAUCAUGGGUUGUUAAACUUGCUGUUGACACAUUCUAUCUCCUUAUCCUUCACUUCGAGGGCUUAACCCUUGUGUUAUCUUCGGGUCAUUCUGACCCAUCAGUCGUUGUGACCCACCGUCGUAUUGCGACAACUUUACCGCAUACAAAAACAAAGUGAAGCAUUUUCUUUUAACCAUUGGGCUGUCUCAGACCCCCCACAUUGCGGAGGUUAAAAGAAAAUUAUUUUUAUUUGUUUUUGUAUUGGGUAAAAUUGGGUAAACACAACAAUGGUUCGUUAUGAACCUUUGGGUCAUGUGACCCGAAGGCAGCACAAGGGUUCAUCAUAAUCAGUCAAUAUUUGAGCAUUUCUCACUGCAUUUUCUGUGUGCAUUCGGCCAUUCCUUACAAUAAACACCAGUUCUCAUCCUAGCGUUCAUUUAACAUGUAUUAGUAGCACAGUGUUAUUUCACUGCAUCCUCAUCCCUCUCUUUCUCUGUGUGUGCUAACAAUCAGCUUUAGAUUUAGAACGUAUUACAUGCGUUCAUGGUACACACUUCCUGUUUGCUGCUCUUCCUUUGAUGUGUUGAAUCAACAUUCUGUUUCAAAUGCAGAUCUCCUCAUCUUUCCCUUCUCCACCCAACUUCCUACAAACAGUCAGGAAUGACACUGUUGUAAUCUUAUUUUUGUAUUUACAGUGGAUUUAGCUGCAGUCUGACACCAGAUUAAUAAUGCAGUGAUCCCAGAGUAUAACUCGAUCAGUAGGAUAUCGCAUCUGUAUGAUUGGCUAUAGUAUUUUUUAUUAUAUUUGUCAUCCACAUGAACUUAGUUGUCUUUUAUAAUUGCUGUAAAUUGUAUUCUAUCCUGCUGACAUGGCUCACUAUGUUUUAGAUCAUGCUGUCGGGCGCUUCACUGAGAACAAGGAUUGUUCCACUUAUUUAAUGGCCUUAAAAAGGAUUAAACCCAGACCCAGAAAUAGAAAUGAUAUCAAGUGUAAAAGUAAAUAUACUAAUUGGCGAUGUUUGAAGAAAACAAUUUUUUUUUAGAUGUACUUGGUUAUGUUAUCUCUUUCAGGAAGGAUUAUUGUCCAUUGUAUAUAAUAUUCAAGCAAAGUUGCAUGUAAAUAACACUAAUUGGUUUUACAGUAUUUAGUUUGUCUACAUAGAUUUAUUGGGGAAGGGCUGUCAUUCCUAAACCCUACAGGAGCCUUACUGCAGACACAUCUAAAUGUGAUAUCUCCAUUGCAGCUAAAGCUUUCCCAUAUUGGAAUGAGUGGAGACAACAGUGUUGUGUGCUUGUUUAACGUCUAUUGACCUUUUCCUGGUUUUAACCUCACCUAAAUGUUGUUCAACACGCUACGACAGCUAUGGAAGUUAAAGGGGCUUUACUCUUCACAAAACCAGACCUACUGGUAAAUAACUCUGAUUUGUAAUUUGUUGUCAGAACCAAAUAAACAGCAGAAUAUAUGAU